GUCAAACCUCUCGUACACGCUUAUAACUGUACACGAAAUGACACAACCGGAUACACACCAUAUGAAUUGAUGUUUGGUCGCCAACCACGACUCCCAGUCGACCUCGUUUUUGGCCUCCCUGUUUCUCAGCCUGUCCAUACUCACUCUGAAUACGUCCAGAAGCUGAGGUCACAUUUGGAAAAGAGCUACCAGCUUGCUUCGGAAAAUGCUGAGAAAUCAAUGCUCAAAAACAAAACUCGCUUCGACAGAAACGUCACUGCAUCUGCUCUGGAAGUAGGAGAUCGUGUGCUUGUCCGAAACGUUCGACUGAGAGGGAAGCAUAAAAUCGCCGACAAAUGGGAGCCCAACAUCUAUGUGGUGAUAAAGAAAGCUGGACACUUACCUGUAUACACCGUAAGACCCGAACAUACCGAAAAACCUGUCAGAACCCUUCACCGUGAUCUCCUCCUGCCAUGUGGAUACCUACCAGCAACGUCACAGCUCCAGCCAGCCUCUGUGAAAAGACCUGCCAAAAAGAACUUACCUGAACCUGAUCCCGAUGAACCACUUUCCGAUGACGAAUUCCUGCUUACAAACUGGUAUGAGCCAUGUACCUCUGAACCAGUCCGACUUGUCACUGCAGUGGACCUUCCAAGGCCACCGCCUGUCCCAGAGCCAGACCUACCUCCUGCGAUUCCCAGCCCUGCCACCAGUAGGGAACUUGUUGAACCUGAAACCGAACAGUCCGAACAACCUGCAAUGCAACAAACAGAACCUGAGCCUCAGAUGCAGCACGACCAACCUGGUCCUGAACCAGAACAUGAAACUGACUCAUCUGACGAAAGUGAUUCAGAUCCUGAUUCAGCUUCAGAGCACUUUUUACCUGUUGCUGGGACGACUUCACCUACUUCUGAGACCUACUCACCUCCUGAAUCCGUUCACUCACCUGUAAAUUCAAACGAACCAUCCGAUCCUGAUGUCUCGGUGUCCGAAGAUGCACCACCUGCAAGGAGCUCAACUCGAGUACGACGUCCUCCAGAAAGGCUUCACUAUGCUGCGUUUGGAAAGCCCUUACUUAAGAGCAUGCAAUCUUUUUUCGACGAUCUAGGGACCAUCAUCUCCUUUGCCAUCAUGGGGAACGAUGGGAGUCGUACUGGCACCCCUGGUCUGCCAUCGUCUGGUUGUCCGCCCAGUACAUGUACAGGGACGUACAUGAGAUCAGGGGGGGACCCUGUAACCCAGGUCACUUGAACGCCCCAUAAUUCCUCCCCACACCUGAACUGUGUGGCACUAAUCACAGCUCCGGGCCUCCUGCACUGUGAUUGGCUCAGACCCUGACUAGCCAAAAAAAACAAGAUGGCUGCGCCCACUGCCAGUCCUGCACUCCGGCUGUGACUGUGUUCGCUUCUGUUACUCACUUUCAAAUCAUCAUUGCUCUCCCAAAUUUGGACAUUUGUGCCAAACCCUCCAUAACUCUACGAGAACCGGCAGCACCCCGGCUUCAAACUCCUCCAUCCUCCGCUACACACCUCUCAGAAUCAAUGGUGAGUCAAACUAAUAUGUACUGACAUAGGUCCUAUGUUCAAUAUUACGUAUUAUUCAUUAGAUCCCGUGAUUUUAUGUGUUUUUGCCACUUCCGGGUUGUCGCCGGACUAUUUUCGUCUGCUUUCUUGUCUGUGUUUGGGCUCCUGAUUUCUCGUCAGAUGCCCAAACAUGGCUGAAAUGACUCUUGUGUUUAGGGUACAACUAGUACUAUGUCAUAUAUUGGCUGUUUGCUGAUACCUCUGUUUGUUUUGUAAUUAAUUGUUGAUAAAGCCAUGCUAAUAGCAAUGCUAAGCUAGCGGUCCAUGAACAGUAAUGGGGUUAGGCUAUUAGUACUAAUAAUGACCUUUACACUGAACCUAUUGUUUUAUUUAAAUGUUGCGCAACUGUAAAUGUUUAUUCGUUCAUUUGAUUGAUUGGAAAAAAUGUGAAUGAUGUGUUAAUCUACUGAUGAAAUAAGAAAUGGGAUGGAAUAAGAAUUUAAUCUGUUAACAGAAGACAAUGUUAGUAACUGAGAAACUUAUUGGUUUUCUCC